GAACUCCAACCUCACUCAUUAUUGUCACAGAUCAUAGUGUUUGUUGUGAACACGUGCUACUCGAAGUGUGUUUUGUUGAAUAACAAAAAUAAAGCAAUAAAGAAAAAUGGCAAAGUUUUGCAUGAAGAAACCUAGCAAGCGGAUGCCAGCUCGAAAAAGAUAUAAAAUUGAGAAAAAAGUUCGGGAACAUAAUCGGAAAGCUCGAAAGGAAGCUAAGAAACAUAGUAAAAAAAAGCCAAAAAUAAUCGAGGUACCCAAUCAGUGCCCUUUCAAGGAAGAUAUUCUUAAAGAAGUGGAAGCUAUGAAGAAACAAAAUGAAGAAGAAAAACAAAAACAAAAAGAAGCUGCACGUGCAAAGAAGCAAGAGGAGCUAGCAAAAGGAGGCCUAAAAGGAUUAGUUUUGAGCGCGGAGGCCAAACAAGCAGAGCAUCAAGAGAUGGAAGUAGACAGAGUACACGAUAAAUUAAAAGAUGCUUUGGUUAAGGAAGAGAAUUCAUUGAAAGCUUAUUACAAAGAAUUCAAAAAAGUCUUGUAUGCUGCCGAUGUCAUUCUCGAAGUUGUGGAUGCUAGAGAUCCAUUGGGAACUAGAUGCAAGCAGGUAGAAGAAGCUGUGAAAAAUAUUGGGGGGAACAAGCGAUUAGUCAUCGUCUUAAAUAAAGCAGAUUUGGUACCUCGAGAGAAUUUAAAUCAGUGGCUGAAAUACUUGAGGAGCAGUUUACCGGCUGUAGCAUUUAAAGCUUCUACCCAAGACCAAGCCAAAAGAUUGGGUAGAAGAAAACUUGGAAAGAAGACUGAAGAUAUGAUACAAAGUGGGACUUGUUUCGGUGCUGAAUUACUCUUAUCUCUUCUCGCAAAUUAUUGUAGAAACGUUGGAAACGUAAAAACUAGUAUCAGAGUGGGAGUCGUCGGUCUUCCAAACGUUGGCAAAUCUAGUGUUAUUAAUUCCUUGAAACGGAGCAGAGCAUGUAACGUAGGAAGCACUCCAGGAGUAACAAAAGCCAUGCAAGCGGUGCAGUUGGAUUCCAAGAUAAAAUUAUUGGACUCUCCGGGAAUAGUCUUCGAAAAUCCUGGAGAAAACUCCGAUGGAUCGUCAGUAGCAUUAAAGAAUGCUAUCAAAAUUCAAUCGUUGAAAGAUCCCUUCACACCAGCUACCGCUAUUCUAAAAAGGGUUUCUAAACCGCAGAUAAUGGAAAUGUAUACUAUACCAGACUUUACUACGCCAGACGAAUUUUUUGCUUUGAAAGCCCAGCGAAUGGGAAAAUUUAGGAAAGGCGGUAUACCGGAUAUGACGGCAGCCGCACGUAGCAUAUUAGAAGAUUGGAACUCUGGAAAAAUCAGAUAUUACACGGUGCCCCCUGAACAACCGGAAUGUCAUGUGUCAGCGGAAAUCGUAAGCCAAAUAAGCAAGGAAUUUGACAUUGACAACAAUUUUGCCGAACAGGAGAAGAUGGUACUUGACAAUAUCGAAGAAGAAUCUGCGAAGAAUAAAGCUAACGAUCCGUUAUUGAUCGAGAGUUCCGGACCAGUCGUUUCUGCCAUGUCAGUUCAGUUAGAGAAAGAAGCACAAAUUAAGAUACAAGAUAAAUUAAAGAAGAAACUGGAGAAGAAAAAGAAUGCGAAUGAAGCGAGGAAGAAGAAAGCCGAUCCGAUAUUUGAAAUCGAAGGCAAUCAGAAGUUGAAUAAACUUAAUAAAUUACAGUUUAAAAAAGAAAAGAAAAAUCGAGCCAGAAGAGAAAAAGCAGCUACCAAGUUGGCUGGCCAAUUCGAAGGAUUCAGUAUCUCGGCGCCUGACGACUACAAUUUUAAUACAGAUUUCAUAGAAAAGUAGACGUAUUGCAAGCAUAUGUAGAAUAAAUAAAAAAUAAAUAAAAAGAUACUGGUUUUGUAUAAUA